CCUGUAGCUUCUCUUCCUGCUCCUCCUCCUCUUCCUCCUACUCCCCCUUCAGGUAGGGUGGAGCUGUAUACCUGCAACUGAGAGUAAUUUGAAAAAAUGGCGUCAUAGUUGGAAUUCAGAGUGUAUUUGUCGACAUAUAUCCGCAAUAUGAGCCAGCCACCGCGCUCGAACCGGGGACACCGAGAGAGAAACGGAGAGCACCGAAACCGGGAGUCCAACGAUGACAGGUCUUCUUCCAGACCCCCAUACUACCCCAGAGAGGUCGACUCCCCUCCCAAACAUGUGCGGGAACGGGAAGUCCCUCGAGUGGAGCACCACGAGUCCAAAUGCUCACACAUUUGCUCGAGGAGAGGCAUCAUGCUGAUCUGCGCCGUCCUGACAAACAGCCUGGUUCUAAUCUGCCUGGUUGCAGCUCACAUGGUGUCAUCUGGCAUGUCCUCGGGGGCCGGGUUGGGCGGCUUCGACAUGAACAGCAACUUCAACCUGCAGGGCACCGAGCUGCAGAAGGCGCGAGAACUGGACAUGCAGUACAGCCAGAUGCGGGCGCCGGGCCUCUACGGUGGCGUCCCCUUCAGCCUCACCCUCGGGGUCCUCUCGCUGCUGUUUGUGGUGGCCGGGAACAAACCCCCCCACCACAUGUCCCGGAAGCUUCUGUACGGAUCGCUGGUGUUCCAGGCGGUGGGCGCAGUGGCGUACGUGGUGGCCGUGGGGCUCUACCUGCACUUCAUCAUCAGGGUGAACUCCACAGACGUGUGUCAGCAGCGCGCCAGGAUUUACGCCGGGAGAGGCUACACAUGGAUGAACUGCGAUGUGGGCGGGGCCGAUGCAGCCGUGGCUCUGUUCGGGCUCAUCACAGCCAUCCUGUAUGCCGCCGGCACCGUGCUCACCUUCCAGACCAUCCGGGGAGUGAGGCGCUACCUGGAGGAGAGAAAACGCAGAGAGGCGGACAAACGGCAGGCCAGAUCCAACGCACAGAGAGCCCCGCUGAGGGCCGACACAACCUCUGUGUGAGGGGACAGAGGAGGAGGACAGGGGUCUGGAUCACAAAUAGUUCUGGUAUCAUAAAGCUGGCUCACUUUUAACUGGGGCAUAUCACCAUGGAAACCUACUCUGAAUCAGGCUAGUGUAUCACAACCUGGAAAGAUGUUGUAAUCAUUCCCAGAGGAUGGUCACAAGGAUAAAAGGACUGAGUUUACAAUAAUGACGGCUUAUACAGACCUUUAGAGACAAUUUUAUAGAUUUAGCAAACUACAGAGGCCCUGAGAGGUCAUGAAGGGAUUAUUUUACAGAACAACUUUUGUGUUCCCCUUUCUCUUUGUUUUGAAACAUCUUGCAAAAAGUGCGUACACUGCAUUAAUCAGGCCAUUUUCCAGUAUUUACCCCCCUUUUUUAAAGUGCUUUCACAUAGACAAGUCAGCAUUCACACACCUCUUCUUACUGUAGCACACACAGGUGUCCUGUUUAUGCAAUGAAUUGACUCAAGUUGAAAUCCUAUGGCGACACAUCUGUCAUGUGACAUGUCUGAUAGAAGCUCACGGCUCAAAUCGGUCAUGUCUGGAUCUACGAUGCUUUCUCAAGAGUAUCCACAGCAGGACGACAGCAGGACCCGGAACAGUAGCCCAAACCACCUUUCUCUAUGCAGCGUGAAACAUUCCAUAGUGACCUUUCAAAGCACCGUAUAAUACCAUGGUGAUUUUGUUGUAGAUAGAUAAAUAGGAAAACUCAAAUGGAUGAUGCUAACUGCUGCCUAUUAAGUGCUUUUUUUCUUCCCUACAGCUCAGGAUAACGGGUGUUGAGAAUUUAAGUCUCAAAACCCUCGGUCAUUGUUUAUGGACAAAAAUCCACAUGCACUCCAAAUAUUAAAUGCAAUAUUUUGUACUGCAUUUGGGAGCAGUGUAAGGUUUAAUCGUGUUCUUUUUAAUUCCAUGUCACGUUAAAUACUUCUGCUGAUGUCAUUGGCUCUUUGGCUUUAGACAUUGGUGUUGAUUUUUGGAACUGUUUGUAUGUUGGAUGGUUUUAACUCUUGAUUUCAUAAAUGUUUUUAAUUCAUGUUUUUAUGUCAACGUUUGUUCUAUAAUGCAACCUUUUUGAUAUUGAUACUGUCCAUGAAUGUGUCUAUUCAAAUUAAACCUAUCAAUGUGAUUAUAA